AUGCCGUCCUCUCCGUUUCUUGCAUUGGUUCGUGAGAAUCUCGACUCAAAACGCUUCGGCUGGAUCCCCUGGAGACUGCGAUCUUCUGCAUUUGAUGAGGAGAAGUUUCUGGAGCAGCGUCGCCCUCGGACGGAUGCCAAACUUCUCACACGUCUUCUGCAGGAAGGUCAACCUCAGGAAGAGUGCACUGCAUCGGUGCCUCAGUCCGGUCCGGUGGAGCCCAUCGUGCGUCGGUUUUGGGACCUUCUGAUGUAUGCCAUUGCUCUGCAUGAUGGUGCUCACUUAUUGCAUCUGAGGAAAGCUGCCGAGAAGUUUCUCAGCAUCGCUCUUGCAAUUCCCUCUGAUCGCAACAUGCGACCUCCAUCACUGCAGGAGAUUGCUGAAGCAGACCGGGCACUCUGGGUCGGGGUCGCUUCCAUUCAGUCCGACCAAGGUUGGUCACUGACUGACGCCCUCGCCGAAAUGAUUUUCGCGCGCCCGGAUGUGUACACUGCAUUGGCGCCGCGCUUGAAGCCCUUGACUCCUCCUGCUCCUCCGGCUGCAUCAGGUGCCAAUAAGCGCAAGCAGCCUGCAUUGCCGCCUCCGCCACCACCGCACAAACAACCCCGUCCAGGGAAGGCGAAGGCUAAGGCUACAUCCAAGAAAGAGGCGUCUGCGGAUCAGGGGGAUGCUCCUCCCGAUUUUGCCGCUCCCUCUUGCCCCAAAGCCGAGGAGGUUGCCUUGCAUUUAUUGGACAGUGGCCCGGUGCCCACCUGUGCAGAUGUUUUGCGCUUGGCUGAGGCACUCCUUAGGGAAUCCCCGGACUUGGAUGACCGGUUCGAAUCUGGCAAAUCUGUGUCGGCCGGUCUCUUUUUCCGAUUCAAGCCGGGGGCCCGCAAACUGUGCAUCUCCCAUCCUGCCUCUGUCCGUGCUGUCAACAGGCUCAUUCGGGCCUUAGCUCCGGAUGUUUUCUUUUCCAGUUUUGUUAUCAUCUCAGGUGUGCAUUCUCCCCGACAUCAGGACCGUCUCAAUGCCCGUGCCCCCAACGUCCUGAUUCCAUUGUCAUGCUUCUCGGGGGGCGAACUUCGCGUGUUCGAGGCGGCUCCUCACACUGAUGCUGUUCAGCCCCUGCCGACUGCACCCCUUGCCUUGCUUCCUGUUGCAUCAGGUCCAGUGUCCUUCAAUGCUCGGGACUGCCCACAUGAAGUGCUGCCUUCCCAGGGAUUGCGUGUGGUUCUCGCAGCCUACACUCUCGAAGCUGCGCUUCAUCUGGAUGCCUAUCCUGCGCUUCGUUCCGACCUGGCUGCGUUAGGUUUCCCUCUGCCACCAGCGGACUUUGUGUACACUGCCCGCGACCUGCAGCCCCAACUGCGUGCUCUUUCAGCGUCACAGCAGACCUUGCUCCCGUCGCAUUGUGAUACAGGCAUGCCCCCAUCAGACCCUCCGUGUGCAUCUCCGGCAAAGUCCUGCCCCUCUGCAUCGCUUGGGAAGGAUGCCCCUCUUGGGCCCUGCAACCUUCCUCCAGCUACACCCAGGCUCUUCCUGGACUUAUUUGCAGGGGCUCGCACGCCUGUUACGUCUGCCCUGCUUGCACUCAACUGCGACUGUUUCCCGCCUGUGGAUCUCAUCAUCGAUGCCUCUCGCGACAUCCUCGAUGAUGACUUCUUUGCAUUGCUCUGUCGCGUGGCAGAUGCUGG